AUGCUUUAUGUUGAUCUUAGAAAGGAUUCAGUUCAAUGCGCCUUUUGCAACAAACCGAUGGAAUCUGGUUUAAUCAUUGAAAACAUUAAAAACCAGAUUGAUUCAAUUGCAUCAAAAUUUGAAGCAAUGAUUAAGAGCUUAAAAUGCAUUCCAAACAAUAAUGUGAAAGACCAACUAAUUAAAAAUAUCAAACAGCGUUGGUAUAUUAGGAAAAUUCAGCUUAUAGAUGGAUUUCAAUUUACCGAAUUAAAUCACUAUGUCGAAGAACGAUUUCCUGAUAAUUUAGAAGCUGAUUCGGAAUUAGGAGAUCAUAUUUUAAAAAAUCCAGAUAGUUACGAUCUGCCACAUUGGCAUCGUGUUCAUAUUAUAUUCGACGCUUCCGAAGACAAGUUAAUAACUUAUUUAAAAAGACCCGAUACAUAUCAUUAA